GAUAGAGACUUUGGCAGUGAGCUGUGUGAGAGGAGACAAGCGCAGGCAGAAGCAGCAGCAGCAGCAGUGGUCCUUGUUAGUUGGCAGCAGCGAGUUGUGUAAUCAGGUGGAGGAAGAGUGCAGGGUUUCGCUAGCAAGAUGAUGAAGGUAGCCUUGGUUUUUGUGUGUGCAGCAGCCUGCAGUCAGGUCCUGGCAUCAGCAGCAGUCGCAGCAGCCGCCGCCUCCACUGGCAGGUCGGACAGAGGCAAUUUUCUGGAUGAUAAACAAUGGCUAACCACUGUGUCCCAGUAUGACAAGGAUGCUGCUGGCCACUGGAAUCGAUUUCGAGAUGAGGUGGAGGAUGAUUACUUCCGUGCUUGGAAUCCAGGUAGACCUUUUGAUCAAGCCUUAGAUCCAACUAAAGAUCCAUGUUUAAAAGUGAAAUGCAGUCGUCAUAAAGUUUGCAUUGCUCAGGAUCAAGAGACUGCUGUUUGCAUCAGUCAAAGAAGACUCACACAUAGCAUGAAGGAAGCUGGACGAAGCUAUAAAUACUGGAGAGGUGUACCACUUUCAUCCAGUUGUAAGCAAUGCCCUGUUAUAAACACAAAUCCAGUGUGUGGAUCUGAUGGACAUACAUAUUCAUCACAGUGUAAACUCGAAUAUCAAGCAUGUCUCUCAAGUAAGCAGAUCUCCGUGAAGUGUGAAGGACAUUGUCCCUGUUCACCAAACAAAUUGAAAACUGCAAGCAAAACAAAUAAAAGGGUGUGCACAGAUCGGGAGUUCCGAGAAAUUGCCAACCGACUGAGAGACUGGUUUAAAGCACUUCAUGAAAGUGGGUUCCAGAAUAAGAAGAGCAAGACUGUAACCAGAGCAGAAAGAAGCAGGUUUGAUACCAGCAUUUUGCCAAUUUGCAGAGAUUCACUUGGAUGGAUGUUCAAUAGACUUGAUACAAACUAUGAUCUCCUGCUGGACCAGUCAGAACUUGGAAGCAUUUAUAUUGACAAGAAUGAGCAAUGCACAAAGGCCUUUUUCAAUACAUGUGAUACAUAUAAGGACAACUUAAUAUCCAACAAUGAAUGGUGCUAUUGUUUCCAGAGACAGCAAGAUCCCCCUUGUCAGACAGAGUUAGGUAACGUUCAGAAACAACAAGGAGGAAAGAAGCUCUUAGGUUAUUACAUACCAGCAUGUGAUGAAGAUGGGUACUACAAACCAGCUCAGUGCCAUGGAAGUAUUGGCCAGUGCUGGUGUGUUGACAGAUACGGCAAUGAAGUUUCAGGAUCCCGGAAAAUUGGCCCUGCAGAAUGUGGAACUGAUUCUGAAACAUCCGGAGAUUUUGGUAGUGGGGAUUUUCCCGACUGGGCAGAUGAAGAGGAUGAUGAAGAUGAAAUGAUGAAUGAUGAGGAUGAAAUUGAAGAUGAUGAUGAGGAUGAAGGUGAUGAUGAGGAUGAAGAUGGAUAUAUUUGACAUUAAAUAAGGCAGAUUUAUUCUAUUUUUCAUGUCAACGAAAAGACAUCGCGUAGAAAAUACCUUUGCUCACUUAACCACCAAGAUGAAAAGAAUUUGAAAACAACGUGUAUAUUUUGUAUAAUCAUAUCAAGUAUUAAAGCUGGAGUCAUAGACUUUUGUUUAACAGUCAUUUAUGUGCUUCUGAGCUUUUAUAUGCUUUUGACAGAGAGAAAACACAUUUGAAGUAUAACCUGAAGAAAACGUAACAUUUGUACUCAUAUUUUGAGGACAAGAAUAUUUUUUGAGGAAGCAAAAGCGACGAAAUCAUACCAGUUAUUUGUUUGCUGUAGUCUGAGUUGCCCAAAUGCUAACAGUCAAUGAGCCACCAGAUCUGGAUCUCCACUCCUUACUGCAGGACUCCAUGUCACGUGGGAUAUAUUGGGUUCCAGAUAUGCCUACUAAUAUGCAAGUGAAAAAUUUUGAAAGUAUUAAAAUAUUUUUUGGCUUUGUUAACAUAGAAUUCUCAACUGUAAACCCAACGCAUACAUAUUUCCUCAGAUUAUGCAGAAAUGUGUUUAGUUUUGUGGGAGAAGGAAUAUGGUUUUUGGUGUGGCAGUUUAAUUCUAAUGAGAGUUUUUGACCUGAUAGUCAGCAUUGGGUAUUCGCCCAGUGGUAUCCAACUGAACAACUAUUAAUUUAGGCUGCAUUCAUUGUUUUUGCAUGCAUUAUAAGAUACUCUGUGUACCAUGGGUGUCUAAGCUCAGCCAUCCAACUGUUGUAGAACUAAGAAAGCAAAAGCUGUUUAAAAAAAUUGUAGUUCAACAGUAUUUUGAAAGCUGCAUGUUGGACCCACCUGGCAUAUUCAUUAUAUAUGAAUAACUAACUGUAUAUGCUAUACCUGGUAAGAAAUUGUUCAUAAAGGAAAUCGCAUUCAGUAUUAUAAUAUUACCCUAAUAUGUUUUGGAAUAUUUCAUGUUUGAUAUAGUUCUUUUAAUUAGCCGCUUAACGAUACAGAGUGUCUUUCAAUCCAGUUAAACCUAUAAGCGAUAUAUAUAUUUUUAUAUAUCUUUAAGCUCCUUUAGUCACAUAAGUGGAAGAAAUAGUGAAUAGAUUUCAGAGUAAUUACUACAACUAUUAUGUUUUCAGACUGAAAGGAAAUCCUGUUAACUCGAGUAAUAGUUCUUUAUUGCUUCUAUUUACCAAGCUCAGGAAAAGAGUGCCUUGCAGCCCAUUAAUAUGUCUCACUUGGCACAUAUCUCCUUUAGAUAUUGUUGCAGGUUUAUUAGUCAUUAAGGUUUGUUCCCAUCUACAGUAUGCUCAGAAAGUAAGGCAGCUGAAUGAAAUGUUCUUCUGCAAUACUAACCCUCCCAUAAUUGUACUCCAAAGGCUAUUGAGUCUCUACAUAUUUUACUUUAUUGUGCUUAGUACAGCAGGAACCUAUGCUAGAUAUAGGAUUUGUGUUUUUUCUGAAGAAGCGAUGAGCAAAUGUAAGGAUUUUUGUUGCACUGCUAUGCCUGAUAAUUUCUAUUACUGAUCUUUUCCUUGCUGACUAUGUCCUCUUAGAGCCAGGUUGUCCUCCUUGACAACGACACAUGGUCCUCUGCUGGAUGGCUAAGGAGAUACAGAAGGUUUUAACAACAGAGAGAGAGAAUAGCAGGGUCUUGUAGAAAUGUAGAAGAUGCUAGUUACGUCUUUGACACUUUUAUGGAAGCUAGAGAAAGCAAUGAAACAUUUGAAAUUAAUUUUUCCAUUAAGCGCAUUCAUAGGGAAAAUAAAAACAGGUUUUAGUGGCACUUUUUUAACCUAUACCUUUUUAAAUGUGUUAGAAAGAAUUGCUUUCCUUGCUAUAAAGUGGCUGUUUAAAAUUUAAUGAAAAAAUAGACUAAUAGCAAUGAACUUUCCCUUUCGUAGGUGCCAAUUUCAACAGGGUAGACCUCAAACAGGAACCUCAGAAUACUUGGGCCGAACUGGUGAGUGGGUGGGUUUGGGGCAGAUCGUAAACUAGGAUACCAGGAAUUCUUGACCUGCAUGGGCAUGAAUAUUCCUGUACUAAAUGGUGGUAACAUUUGCAUCAGUGAUGUUUUAUUUUUGGUACAAUUAAGUGCAUUCUUUAACUCCACAAAACGACAGAAAUGUAAACGGGAAUUGAAGAGCUUUAUUUUUGUCAAACAGCCUAGUAUAGUGCUGCAGAUGUUGUUUCUAAAGGGCAACCAAGAUGAAGGGCUGGACCCCAUAUAAAAGCUAUAGGGCAAGGGCUGGCCCAUAGCCCACAAAAUAGUUUUUAUCACUAACUGGAUAACCAUGGUAUAUUCCAAAAUCUUCCAAAAGAUCAAAGUGGAUUUUAGUAUAAUUAACCACGUUGAAGUGUAUCCCAAUACCUUUGUCUGUUGCUACAGUAGUUAAACAAACGCAUUUAUGGGGUGCCUAGUAAAUAAGAGAGGCUACGCAAGCAUUAGGAUAGUUGUAACACAAGGUACUUUAUCAUAAAUCAAAACUGCUGCCCCUUGUAACAGCCAGAGCAGAAUUCUGCAAAUUUGUUUAGCAAAGGGCAGUAUUGGGUCUCUUGCAUCAGGCAACAAAAAAGCUUAGAAGUACCAUUACCUGCAAUCACCCCAGCAGUUGUGAAAGCAUGCAUGUGACAUUUAAUUUAACAGCAAAAAACAAAGAACGGAUUGCACACUCGAUUUGAAAAAAUCAUAAACAAAAUUUAUUA